AUGACCUCAGUUCCAGAGCGUCUCAGCUACCUUUCUGAGAUGCACUUGCUGUUUACUAAUCUUCUAUAUGGAGAGAAAUCCGACUCAGAUUCUGUAAUAUCUGAGGCAAUAUCAAACGACGAACAGAAUGAUAGGGAUUUUUUCACGUUUGAAAGGGCAAUUGCAGCUGUAUCAGGAGCCUGCGCGAAUAUCAGAGAUAUUGACGACAUCGAAAACAAGAGCGAAGACAAUGACUUGAAACUUCAACAUGCACUUGAAGACCACCUCGGAGCAUUUAGCGCCCGGUUGCCCAUCCUCAAUGAAGCUAAUGCGGAAGACUUGCCAUCUCCUUGUAGCAAAUAUGAUGACUCAAUUCAUAAGAUACAUCAAUAUGGCGAGUCUAUACUCACAACGGGUUCUCUUAGUCGCGAAGUGCGUAAUGGACUUCUUCCAAAGUCAGAGUCACAAUGGAGGGAGGGAGUCAUCGGCUUCACUGAGGUGAAUGAGAUGGUAGAGAAGAGAGUACACAAAAGGCACUUCGAGCAACUUGGAGGAAAUACUAGCAAAGUAUUCAAAGCUUUCAUGGGGGCAGAGCACAUAGAUCUGCCCUUGGACAAUUUGUUUUACCACUUGGUAAGCGGAACAUGCCAGCAUCAAGACCACGGAGCAUGGCUUAAGCUUUCUGGAUGGGAGAAUAUCCAAGAAAAGAGUGUGUUCCACAUGCUUCUUUCUCCUUGUGAGACUGCCAAAGGAUGCGAAGCUUUUCAAUGCUAUACAUCGUGCACUCUGGAAAGACAUGAUGCUAAGAGCCACGGUGGAGACCUGAAUAUUUGCGAAGAAACACAGGAAGCCCAAGUUCUGAACACUCCCCUUUGGCUAUCAUUCAACCGUACCAAUAUGUGGUUAGCCAGCACCAAAGGCCUCGAAGCAAUCAGCCGCGCAAAGAGAGAGAACAGAGGCCAUAUUCCGCUAGAACAGUUAAUGCAACAGAGGCAACUGAAGACCUCAGACAUACAUAUGGAAGUAAAUAAGUUCCAUUUGGCUUAUCGGUUGGUGUGCUCUCUACGCCACCUUUAUCUCGGUUCCUGGAUCCAACAAGAUUUGACCUUGAAGAGCAUCUUUGUUAUGAACGAUACAAGUGCAAACGUUGAAGAUAUAUUGGCUGAGCCUUAUAUCAAUUGUUUGUUGCAGACCAUUCCCAGAGACACGAAUACUGUUAUCAAAGACUUCAAUUCUGGAAGACGAAUGUUUUCAAGAUUCUUCCUGUCGCUCGCCCAAGUCCUUAUCGAUAUCUUCAAGGGCGAGAUCGGGCGGUAUGAUUAUGGGAGCGAUCUCAAGUCAUGGUACGAUGCUCUCUGUGAAGAGGCAGAAGUACUUCUGAAGGACGACUUGGUCAAACAUUAUCGAAGGGCUGUAUAUAGCAGUCUUUUAUUUUUCAAGCAUUAUCGUGUUGGGGUGGAGAAAACCGAAAAGACUGAAUUAGGGGCCCGGCGGGUGAUCCUGGAGCACAUCGUUGCUCCACUUAGAACGAACCUUGACAUUUGGGAAGCGCAGGUUUCGCAGUGUGGAAAGGCUCCUGCACGCAACGAUAAUCAUGGUGCUCACAGGGCACUAGAUCAUCGACCAGUCCUGCCCACGUUCACGUUGUUUUCUGAUGAAGACGACAGAAAUGAGAUGCUAGAGUCCACUCGGCUUCGAAUCCCAUCUGAACAUGACUUUUCCACACGCAUGGCUAGAUUUGUCGAAAGGUACAUACUCAGAGUGCCCGGAGCCAAUAUCCCAGCAGGUCUCCGUCAUAAAAGAGUCAGGGUUGUUAUCAUUGACACAGGAUUUUGUCCCAACGAUGACCCGUUUUUCAUCAACGCUAGAAAGAGAGUUCGUAAUUGUCGAAGCUUUAUUGGCGAGGAGGAUGAUUGGGAAGACAUACACGGUCACGGAACACAUGUCGCCAGAUUGGUGCUGCGCCACGCCCCAGAAUGCGAAGUAUAUGUUGCCAAGAUCUCCGACACGCGCUAUUUUUCGGAAGAUCAAGUCGGGCGGCUUGCCGAGGCACUUGAAUGGGCAGGUGAGCAAGCUGACAUCAUCAAUCUGUCUUUCGGUCUUGGGCAGCAAUGCCCCUCUUUACAGUUGGAACGAGUACUGGACAAGCUUGUGUUGAAUCGCAAGCUGAUAUUUGCAGCUGCAUCCAACUCGGGUGGCAACAGAUCUAGGCCCUGGCCAGCUAACCAUCCAGGUGUCUUUUGCAUUCACGCAACUAACGAACGCGCUGUACCGAAUCUGAACAUGAAUCCAGUAGCCAAGUCCUCUGUGGACAACUUUGCGACCCUCGGCGAGAACAUCCAGUCAUAUUGGCAGGGUGAAGAGCGCUGUAUCUCAGGCACCUCCUUCGCUACUCCAAUAGCAGCGGCGAUGGCGGCGAACAUAUUGGAGUUUGUUCGGAGAAAUCUUCGUGUUGACGAAGCCUACGCUCUCCAGGCCUAUGGGCCAAUGCGGAGACUAUUCCGUUACAAAAUGACGGACAAUGGUGAGACUAAUGGGGCAUAUCAUUGUAUCAAACCCUGGAGUGACCAGCUAUGGGGAAGUGGGGCCAAUAAUGAGCAUGUGGCUAGAGUCUUCAGUGAGUUUCUCAUACACUGGACCUAG